AUGCUGCGGACAAUUGCCGAUGCGCAGGCCGGCGAUCGCCUGUUGGACAUACCCUGCAAGGUAUGCGGCGAUCGCAGCUCGGGUAAACAUUAUGGGAUCUACAGCUGCGAUGGUUGCUCUGGUUUCUUCAAGCGUAGUAUUCAUCGCAAUCGAAUUUACACCUGCAAGGCUACCGGUGAUCUCAAGGGUCGCUGUCCGGUGGACAAAACCCAUCGGAAUCAGUGCCGUGCCUGUCGCCUGGCCAAAUGCUUUCAAUCGGCCAUGAAUAAGGAUGCUGUUCAGCACGAGCGUGGUCCCCGCAAACCAAAGCUGCAUCCGCAAUUGCAUCAUCAUCAUCAUCAUGCGGCGGCCGCAGCGGCAGCUCAUCAUGCGGCCGCCGCCCACGCCCACCAUCACCAUCAUCAUCAUCAUCACGCCCAUGCGGCGGCGGCACAUCAUGCCGCUGCCGCUGCAGCUGCUGCCGCUGGACUGCAUCAUCAUCAUGGAGGGCAUUUGCCUGUGUCACUGGUAACCAAUGUGUCCGCCUCGUUUAACUAUACACAGCACAUUUCGACGCAUGCACCGCCGACUGGUUUUCAUCUAGCCCCAACUGGCGCUCAACCUGCAACACAUCCGCACCAGGCGGCACAUCCGGCUGCACCUGCCUUUCAUCAUACGGCACAUGGACACCAGCUAGCACCACACGGCAAUGGCAGUAGUGCAGGGGCCACUGGUGUCGGUGGUGCUGCUGGUGCUCCCGGUGGUCCUUCAGGCGUUUCCAUGACCUUUCCACCCCACUUGCUGCAUCACAAUCUCAUUGCGGAGGCGGCCAGCAAGUUGCCAGGAAUUACGGCGGCAACGGCAUCGGCGACAGCAACAGCAGUCGCCGCUGUCGUCUCCACAUCGCCAUAUGCCCAAGCCACAUCUGCAGCAAUGGGUGGCAACAAUAACAACAAUUACUCAUCGCCAUCGCCCAGCAACUCAAUACAGUCCAUAUCGAGCAUUGGUUCACGCAGUGCUGGUGGAAGAGCAAGCGUUGGUUGUCUCAGCCUGGGCAGUGAGAGUCCUCGGGUUAAUGUAGAAACGGAGACGCCAUCACCAUCAGCGUCGCCUCCAUUGAGCGCCGGCAGCGUAUCGCCAGCGCCAACGUUUACCGACUCGCAGAGCAUGGCAGCUUCCAGCACAUCGCCCCAUCCGCCACAGAAUUCGACGCACUGCCUCAGUGAAGCUUCGCAUCAGACCAACAACAAUGCCACAACGCCACCAAACAAUACAACGCUUCUCAUGCACAGCAUUCACGUCAACAACAACAAUAACAGCACAAACAAUAACAACAAUAGUAACGAUAAUUAUAAUAAUAAUGUUAACAAUAAACAACUUAGCUACACAUCGGGCUCACCCACGCCGACAACACCCACGCCACCACCACGUCCUAGUGGCGGCUGCAACGCCUCGAAUGGAUUUCUGGAACUGCUGCUCAGCCCGGAUAAGUGUCAGGAGCUUAUCCAAUACCAGGUGCAGCACAAUGCGCUGCUCUUUCCGCCGCCGCUGCCGCAACAGCUGCUAGACUCGCGUCUGCUCUCGUGGGAAAUGCUCCAGGAGACGACGGCGCGUCUGCUCUUCAUGGCCGUGCGUUGGGUCAAGUGUCUGAUGCCGUUCCAGACACUGUCCAAAAAUGAUCAACAUUUACUACUACAGGAAUCCUGGAAGGAGCUAUUUCUGCUUAAUCUCGCCCAGUGGACGAUACCAUUGGAUCUGACGCCUAUACUAGAGUCACCGCUCAUUAAGGAGCGCGUUCUGCAGGAUGAAGCCACUCAAAUUGAAAUGAAAACCAUUCAGGAGAUUCUGUGCCGAUUCCGACAGAUCACCCCCGAUGGCAGCGAAGUGGGCUGCAUGAAGGCGAUUGCACUCUUUGCACCCGAAACUGCCGGAUUGUGCGACGUGCAGCCCGUGGAGAUGCUGCAGGAUCAGGCACAGUGCAUCCUAUCCGAUCAUGUGCGGUUACGCUAUCCACGGCAGGCGACACGCUUUGGCCGCCUGCUGUUGCUGUUGCCAUCGCUGCGCACGAUACGAGCGGCGACAAUUGAGGCGCUCUUCUUCAAGGAGACCAUCGGUAAUGUGCCGAUUGCGCGACUGUUGCGCGAUAUGUACACCAUGGAACCGGCGCAGGUUGACAAGUAGAUGACUGGGCGUGUCCUAGGCGUGGUCUGCUUCCGAAAAUGUUAUCAAAAUCGAUUCGUUUAGCACUUAAGCGUCAACAAUUUUUGUCACUUGC